AUGUGGAUGCUGGUACUAGGCACAGUUUUCCUGGCAGGCGCCCAAGCCUGUAUCUUCUGCCGCCUCCCAGGCCAUGACUUGUUGGGCCGCCUGGAUCACCUCUGCAGCCAAAUAGAAGUCCGGUGGGAGGCGUGUGAGGCCUCCAGAGACUUCUCGGCCUUUGCCUUAGAUGAGAUGUCCAUGAACAAAAUUACAGAGAAGACUCACAGAGUCCUGAGGGUCAUGGAGAUCAAAGGGUCUUUCUCCUCACUUCCUUUAUACUGGGAAUGGCUUUACAAUACCAAGAUCCCGGAGUACACCAGGGAAGCUCUCUGUGCUCCUGCCUGCCGGGGCAGCACCACCCUCUACAACUGCUCCACCUGUGAAGGCGUGGACGUGCACUGUUGGCCUCGAAAGCGUUGCUUUCCAGGAAGUCACGAUCUUUGGGAAGCCCGAAUUCUGCUCUUCUCUGUCUUUGUUGCUGUCCUGCUUCUCAGUGUUGGGAGCCUCGUGGUGGAGUCCCGCCACCUUCAGGCAAAGAGCGACUUGUGA